AAUAAAUAGAAUCGCGCGCUCAGUCUACACAUUGCUUGGAAGAGACCUAGGGAGGCAUGUAGUCCAUCUGCAGCUUGUCAGUAUUUCUCUGCAAUAGCAGACGUUCUUAGCUUUCAAUAUGAUUAUUCGGCUAGAAGGCUGUACGACUAGACUUUGGAUAUGAUGGAUCAGAAAGAAGAAUCAUUGACUGCAGCUGCAGUUGCAGCUGUGAUGACAACCGUUACCCCCAAAUCACCAACAGCAAACCAUGCAAUAGAUCGUCAAAGUUUCUCGGAGACGAAACGAAAGAGCAGAUCAAAACUACCAAGUAAAGGAGAGGAUGGAGGGCUCUUUGCACCUCUUGAUGUUGAUCACAUGACAAAUGGUAUCAAUGUCGAUGAUGACACAGUGGAUUUAAGACUUCAGUUGAUUGAGCCAUCGGCUGAACUGUUCGACGUGUUAAGAGAGCAACUAGCUGCUCGACUACGAGACGGACAUGGUGAAACGAUAUAUGAAGUCGGCUCAGGAGGUGGGUCGAAACGAGGAAUAACAUCCGAACAACUUGCGUUAUCUGAAGUGACUAUUAAGAAACUAGCUGCUGCUUGUAAUGCCAAUUUGGUGUUCUUACGGCAAUCGACUCAAGAAGAUGGUGAGGUGGCUUACUAUUUGAUACAAAGUCAACAAGAGGAAGAUGAUUUUAUUGAAGUUAGGGUUGCUGUUGUGGGCAACGUGGAUGCUGGAAAGAGCACCUUGCUUGGUGUGCUAACACACGGUGAGUUGGACAACGGACGAGGAUAUGCAAGAAAGAAACUUUUUCGGCACAAACACGAAGUCGAAUCCGGUCGAACCAGCAGCGUCGGCAAUGACAUACUAGGAUUUGAUCCAAAAGGAGGAAUCAUAAACAAGAGCGACGGUCAUGGUUCUAUUGACUGGCAGAAAAUCUGUCGGAUGUCGUCAAAGGUCGUUACGUUUAUUGAUCUAGCGGGACACGAGAAGUAUCUGAAGACAACCGUUUUUGGCAUGACUGGACACGCUCCCGACUUUUGCAUGCUGAUGGUCGGCUCUAAUGCGGGUGUCAUAGGGAUGGCAAAAGAACACUUGGGUCUUGCUCUGGCUCUCAAUGUUCCCGUCUUUGUUGUUGUAACGAAGAUCGACAUGUGCCCUCCUAACGUCCUCCAGCAGACGAUGUCGUUGCUCUGUCGCAUUCUCAAGUCGCCCGGCUGCCGAAAAAUACCGAUGAUAGUCUCCAGUGAAGAUGACGUCAUUACCAGUGCUCUCAACUUCACAUCGGAAAGGAUGUGUCCGAUAUUUCAAGUGUCCAAUGUGACCGGCGAAAACUUGGACUUGGUCAAGAUGUUUCUGAACUUGCUGUCGAGCAGGAUGGACGCGAACGAACACAAACCGGCCGAAUUUCUCAUCGACGACACGUACCAAGUUCCCGGUGUGGGUACCGUCGUGUCGGGGACAUGCUUGAGUGGAGUUAUCCGAUUGAAUGAUCCGAUGCAUCUAGGACCAGAUGGCGUGGGCUCUUUCCACCCUGUAGCAGUUCGAAGCAUUCAACGGAAACGCCUUCCUGUGUCUGAAGUUCGAGGAAGCCAGACGGCAUCGUUUGCUCUCAAAAAGAUCAAACGGUCAUUUGUACGUAAAGGGAUGGUGAUGCUGGCGAGGAGCGUUCAUCCAGCUGGUUGCAGGGAAUUUGAGGCUGAAAUUUUGGUGUUGCAUCAUCCGACGACUAUUAGUCCUAACUAUCAAGCCGUGGUUCACUGUGGGAGCAUACGACAGACAGCGACUAUUGUCAAGAUGGAUCUACCGCACAUGAGAACGGGCGACAAAGCUUUCUGUCACUUCAGAUUCAUCAAGAAUCCGGAGUAUCUUCGUCUCGACGAUCGGUUGAUAUUCAGAGAGGGACGAACAAAAGCCGUGGGUACAAUCACGAAGCUCUACCCUUACACUCCAACUGCUGGUGGGGCAGGUGCAGGAGCAACGGUCGUAGGCAGUGGAAAGGGUGCGUCGGGUCGUGGAGGGCGUGGACGUGGUGGCACUCGAAAGAACAAACAGACCGCUGCAGCACAAUCUUUGAUGAAGGAAGAAGGACAGACUUGAUCGACGAUGGACUAGUUUGUGAGUUCAUAGCAGUGACGUUCUUAUGUAUGGUUUUUAAGUGUAAACGUUUUAGUUUCUGGGCACCUGUACAGGAUGUUUGGCACGACGUCGUUUUAAGAGAGAAUUUAAUUAAUUGUGUAUUGAAUGUAUGUUUUCCCUGA